GGGGCAGACCAGCCCGGGAGCCAGAUGAGCAGAGAGGUCUGUGUGCACUCCUGGCCUUGCUCCUACUACUUAGAACCAGAGAAGCGAUGGGUUCCUGGAAAGCAUUCGUUAACUUCUCACUCCCUGAGAUUUACAACUGAUAAAACCAGGGAGGCCCUGGUCAGCUUCCCCCUGUCUAGUGUGAUUGAGAUCAGGAAGGAGGCUUCUCACUUUGUCUUCAGUUCUAUCACCGUCCUGGAGAAGGACCACCUCAAGCACUGGUUCAGCUCCUUGCAGCCCAGUCGGAAUGCAGUCUUCAGCAUCAUCGAGCAUUUCUGGAGAGAGCUGCUGCUGUCUCCAUCUGAAGCACCGCUCCCUGUGACCAAGGGGAAGCAGCUGACUGGUCUGAUGGCCUGUUCCCAGAAGCGCCUGGAAGAGACAGCCCGAGUCCUCCACCAUCAGGGCGAGCAGCUGGACAGCAUCACCAAGGGGCUGGACAAGAUGGAAUCUGACCUGGACGUGGCUGACAG